UCAGUCCCUCGCUCUCCCUCCCGCACUCACCAUCUCUCCUCCGGCGAGUUCUUUAGCCACCAUAAAUCCUCCCUCACUCCAUCGCUCUCCCUCCCGCGCUCACCAUCUCUCUCCUCCGACGAGUUCUUCGGCACCGGCGAAGCUGUCCGUCCGUCGCAAGGUUCCAUCCACUGUCUCUCUCACUCCGGCGAAGCCGAAGGCUCUCUCUCUCCUCCACCGGUGGUAAGUGGAAAAGUUACUCAUUAUAGCUGCCUAAAUGGACAAGGAGGGUGAAGUUGAAUCUUUGUAUACACGUAUUCCAAAUGAUGAAGAUUUUUUGGAGCAAGAUUGCCCUCAAAUAGAUGUAGAUGAAGAAGUUGAAGAACCAAAUGUCUUAAGGAUCACUUGUUCGGAUGAAGAGUUGGAUGGGGAUGAAAGUUCGAAUGAAGAGUUGGAUGGAGAUGAAAAAUUUGAAGAAACAGAGAUGAUCGGUGGGAAUGAAAAAGUUGAAGAACCAAGGAUGAUCGGUGGGAAUGAAAAAGUUGAAGAACCAGGAGUCAAUCAUCAUGGUCAAUCUAUACUUUUUGGGGCAGGAUUAUUGUCAAACGAAGAUACAGAUACAUUUGUUUGGUUGUUUGAGGCAUGGUUGAAGUGCAUGAACUACAAAGCUCCAAGUGCAAUUAUAACAGAUCAGGAUAGGGCAAUGAAAAAUGCAAUUGAGAUAGUUUUCCCAAAAACACGACAUAGAUAUUGUCUAUGGCACAUUAUGAGAAAAGUCACCGAAAAGCUUUCAGGAUAUGAGCAUUAUGAUCAAAUUAAGAUGGCCCUAAAUAUAUGUGUGUAUGACUCUCCCAAUGUUGAUGAUUUUGAGGGAAAUUGGAAAAGUUUAAUUGAGAGUUAUGAGCUUCAGAAUAACCCAUGGUUGAAUACGUUAUAUUCUGAGCGGACUUUUUGGGUGCUGGCAUAUAUGAAAGAUACGUUUUGGGCGGGAAUGACUACAACGCAGCGGAGUGAAAGCAUGAAUUCUUUCUUUGAUAAUUACGUGCAUGCACAAACGACUCUAAAGGAAUUUGUUGAUCAAUUUGAUAAUGCUUUGAAGAAAAUGGUUGAGAGGGAGGCACGUGCUGAUUUUGAUUGUUAUAAUCGCACGAGUCCUUGUGUAACAGACUUUGCUUUAGAGAAGCAGUUUCAAGAUGCUUAUACAAAUGCAAAAUUCAAAGAAGUUCAAGCAGAAUUUAAGCCACGUUCGAAUGUUAAUAAUUGUCUUCUAAAAAGUGAAGGUGCAAUUUCUACAUAUCAAGUGAUUGAAACUGAUGGAAACCGCAUGAUGAACAAAACAUUUAGUGUUUUCUUCAACACCAAUGAAUUGGAAGUGAAGUGUACUUGUGCAUUAUUUGAAGUAAGAGGAAUCAUAUGCAGACAUUCCAUUUCUGUUCUACUUACGAGUGGGGUUACAAUGUUGCCACCUAGAUAUAUUCUUGAUAGAUGGAGGAAGGAUAUAAAUCGAAAACAUGUUUUGAUUAAGAGUAGUGGUGACGUGUUGGUUAAUAAAUCCAAUGCCCAGAGGUAUGACGAAUUUUGCAAGCAUUGUGAAGAAUUAGCAUUGCUCACAUCCAAGAAAGUGAAAUAUUUCAUGGAAGCGAUGAAAAGUGUUGAUAUGUUAACGGAGAAAUACCGUGCCUUAACGUUGGUUGAGCCCAAUCAAUGUGAUGAAGUCAUUCCAAUUUGUGAUGAGGUACUUUUAAGUAAUGAGGGCACUACGGUGCAAAGUGAGAAGGUGCUUACUCCUGUUAAGGCUACAAAGAAAGGGAGACCACGCUUCCUACGAAUGGUCCCAGUUAUAGAAAAAGUGACCAAAAAGUCACAAGGUAAGAAAUCCCAAAGACGAAAUAAGCAACAGGGCAAGAACACUGUCAACAAGCAAAGGAAAAAGAAGAAGGUACAUAACCUAUCUCAAGAUGACCUCAACACUUCUCAAACUUCAUUGCCUCAUACAACACAGGGUUCCAUCAAUGUGGCAGCAACAAUGGUUGAUCCAAUGUCUGAGUUGCCAAAAUUGAUCAGCCAACACAAAUAUGAAGAAGCCUUCGUCACAGCCUUUCGAAGAUGUGAUGUGUCUAUUGUAUACUGGCUAUGCUCUCAGGUUGAUCUACAACAUAUAUUGUCUAUAUAUCCUAUUCCUUUGAGCCAAGUAGUAUUACUUCACCUUUUGCGGCAUCUAACCUACGGUAUCAAUAUCAAUAUGCCCCACACAUUUGGUUGGAUGAUAAGCGUCGCCAAUGCUAUAAUCCCAACAGACCCAAUGAUUGCAACGCAGGUGCAGCCCAUCUUCAAUGAAGUUUAUGCCGUUCUCAACCAUCGACAAUACUUGCCUACGAUUACUGGUGAUGAGCUUUCAAGUAUCCGUUCUCUGAUACAUGUCAUUAUGUCCAAGAGCAUGUAA